AUGUUAGCUCGUAUUAUUGAUAGCAUGAAGCAUGUUUUUGGUUGGAGUGAGCUUCAACAAUGGGGUGUGACGGGCAAGUUUGAUAUCAAGCAGGCUUAUUUGGCUAAGCUCCCUACUAAUUCUAAGCCUUCUUGGAGAUCCCUUUGGUGUAGUAAUAAAGCUUCUCCUAGAAGUGCCCUUUGUUUAUGGCAAGUUCUCCAAAAUCAUUUGCCUACGAAAGCUAGACUUAUUCAUGUGGAAGAUCGUGAUCAUUUGUUUGGUGCUUGUAGCUUUGUUCGUGAGGUUCAUUCUCAUGUUGCUACUGUGUUCUCUUUCCCUUGGCCUCUCCCCUUUACUAGUGUUGUUCAAUUAAUGAGUAAGCAUAGUAAGAGGAAGAGUGUUAAGACUUGUAUCACUGUGAUGCUGUGGACUGAGAUUUUGUUUCGGGUUUGGCUCCAAAGAAAUGAGCGCAUCUUUGAGGGGAAAAUCUUGCGUCCUUGUCAUGUAGCAAAGAACUUUCUUUUUUAUGUUACCUUUAGGCUCGAUGAUGUUAGGAAGGCUAGUCUCAUUGUUUAG